GUCAUGAGAUUAUUUAAUGUUAGCCAUAUGACCGGCUAACUACACAGUUAAACAUCAGAAAUAAACAAAAUUGUAGUGUAACCUAUCAAGCUCUGUUUCUGAGAUCCUUGAAUCGGUUUAUAUAUGAGCUACAGCCAGUGCAUGUUUGGACUUGAAGUAACAGAGACCAUGGGAGACUCUUCCUAUUGGCUUCAAAAAUAUUACAGAGUUCUUUCUUCUAAAGUGGAAAGGAUAUACACAUCCAGUCUUCACACAGACAUGACUAUAGCCAUAGAAGAGAAGAAAUAUGAGUGCCACAGAGCAAUCCUGUGUGCGUUCUCUUCUUACUUCGAAGCAAUGUUCGCGUCAGGAAUGAAGGAAAGUAUCUCCGGCAUCGUCAAAAUUGAAGGCACCGACAGUUCUUUGUUUGAAUCCAUUCUAGACUACAUUUACAAAGGGUCAAACGUGGUGAAUGAAGAGAACGCCGAGGACAUGUUAGCGGCGGCUACAUUUCUGCAGAUGGAGUGUUUGCGGACGAGAUGCGAAGAGUUCAUCUCCGAAGCUCUGACCUCCGCUAAUUGUUUUGAGACAUGGCGUAUGGCUGUUUGGCACAGCAAUCAGUAUAUCCAGCAGCAGGCGUGGAUGUAUAUUAUGUCCAAUUUCGUGAAAAUAGCCAAAGAGACAGAAUUUCUUCUCUUGGAGAAAGAUGAACUUGUAUCUGUCAUUAAAGAUGACUUGCUGAACACCCCCGACGAGGACUUUGUGGUUCAGAGUGUGCUUACAUGGUUACAGCAUGACCUCAAUGAUAGAGGUCAAUUUUGUGAAGAGCUUUUUUCUUACCUUAAGCUCCCUCUGACUAAAUGGGAGUUCCUAAUAGAGAUGUAUAGAAAAUACCCUUUUCUGAAAGAAUACAGUGAAUGUCAGAAGUACAUUGAAGACGGCAAGCACAUCUAUCGCCAGCCAGCACAUCGGCACGAUAGCAGCAGUUCUGCCAUAGCUUAUAGGAGCAGCUCUUCACAUGAGGACAUUCUAGUUGUGAUCGCUCAUAGACCAUCAAUUCCUGGAUCAAGAAAUGUCCUGGCGCUUGGAUUUAGCAGCCGUAAAUGGUAUUACUUGGACUCUUUGCCGUAUGAUCCUGGUGUUGACUUUGCCACUUGUGUUUACAGCAAUGACAUUUUCCUCACGGGCGGAUCCCUAUGCGACCGGGGAUUUCUGCAAUAUCGUGCACCGAGGAACGAGUGGAUGGAUUACAGAAAUUGGUCAAUGCAAACUGGUAGAAUACAGCAUACCAUGGCUGUGUGUAGUAAAAAACUAUACGCCAUUGGUGGCUACUUUAAUACACCCCAACAAGGGUAUAAGUUGCUAAGCUCAAUUGAAGAGUUUGAGCUAGGUAGCGAUGGAUGGAUAGAAGUGGGAGCUCUAACGGUGCCUGUGAGCUCUACAUCAGCAACUUCCUACAAUGAAAAAAUUCUGUUAUUUGGUGGGGAGUCAUGUGACCGCAUAGAAACCGCCACCAUACAGUGCUUCGACACCAAGACCCAAACCGCAAGCGUCAUAGGUCAGCUACCCAUAGCCAGCAAGCUAACCAGAGCCAUCGUGUGUGACAGCUAUAGCUAUGUUGUUCUUACCAACGGAACAAUAGUACAGCUUGACCAUCGCACGGAUGCAGUCACCAUCGCCGGCCAAAUGGAGAAUUUCGCUCGUUCCCAGUUUGGUCUCUCACAGAGAUUGGGAUCCUUAAUUAUCGUGGGCGGGCAGAUCAUCACGCCUGACUCCAAAGCUACGAAAUUGUACUUCAGUAAUAUGCUUAUGUAUGAUUUAUUCAGCAAGAAGGUCAACAUUAUGGGUGAAACAUUACCCCCACCAAAGGUAAUAGAGGGUUGCCACAAGAUAACCCAGGAGAAGAAAUUUUUAUGCGUAGAAUAUGUUGACAGAGGCAUACACUAUGUUCCAUUUACUUUUGAAAGUGUGGAAAUGGCAUUAUUGACAAGUAUAGUUAAUAAUCGUCGUCGAUUAAAACAAUCAACAGAGUAAACUAUAUUACAACUUUUAAGGAUAUUAUGACUUUCAUUGAUUCGACUGAUUGAGCUUGUAUAUUGACACAUUUGUAACUGUCCAUUUAAAUUUCUUUUUCUAUAUAUACCUAAGAGAUGCUUGUUAAUUGGUAGGCCCAGUAUUUUUAGUAUUACUAUAAUGAAAUGAAUCCUUCUGUUGCAUGUAUUCUUUGAAAUCCUUAAUAAGCUAAGUGGCCUUUUUUUUUUUACAUAUAUAAUGUUAACAUUUUUAAAUAAAAAUAUGCGAAGAAUUGGUAAGUUGCAGAAUUUAAAUUUUCAAACUUUGGUUUUAAAAAAUAAAUGCUUCAUAAAUACCUGACGUUUGAGUUACAUCAGGCUACAGAAAUUCAAAUGUCUCCCUUGGUUUAUUUUGGAUAAUGUACGCAACAAAAACUUAUGAUGAGAGU